CGAGCUGACAGGGGCUGGGAACAGUCUCGUUCUUGUCUGGAACAUGGGGUUUACUAUCUGGCUGUGUGUGCUGUGCCUGCAGGCGAGCCUGCUGUCGCACGCCCUCGACUGCUCAGGAGCGACUCAGGGAGAGCUGUGUGUCAGUGGACAGACCGCAGACGGACAGUAUGACGAUCAGAAGCAACAGAGGGCGCUGCCCUUAACUGAAGGCCUGGUUUUGUUCAGACGUAGGAGACAGUUGGACCGGAGGGGUCCCACCCACCUGAGUCACUCCAGCCUGCCCGGGGCCGUCUCUGUCAAAGGCUUCCCGAACACUCUCAUCCAGGCUGACAGGUCCAGGCGACACUUGGCUCAAGCUUCGAGUAAGAAAAAGAAGCGUAUAUCACGCGUCGGAUCAUUCUCCCUCCUCAGCAAUGACAAGAAAUCCACCCCCCUACAGGUGACCAGAGCAAGGAGACAGGUGAUUUCCGAGCCAGCCAAGAAGGGGAAGUCAGGUCGUGCUGGGGCUUUCUCUGUCCUGGCAGAUCCACAGACUGAGGAGAAGAACAACAGAGCCAAAAGAAGCAUAUAGAAGACCAGCACUGGGAAAUAAAAUGUUCCCUUUAAUUUUGGAAAAACCUGACAAAGAGUGUGCACAGUAAACAUAAAAGCAAACUGAAUAUCUGUGUGAAAAUCUGACAUUUUGGAUAACAGCUUUGAUGUUUAUUUUGCAAGCUUACAUUUAUCAGUCAAUCUGCUGCACUUAAGGUGCAGAUACUUUUAUACACUAUUUUAAGUUUCUAAUAUAUUCCUGCAUGUCAUCACAAAAGAUUCAAUAGUAAUAUUUUAGUCUGGCAUUUUUGUUGUAACCUAUUUAAUCACAGAUUCCUUUUGAAGAUCGGGGGUAUAUUUUUGCAGAAAUAUUUCUUAUGUUGUUGUAUCAGAUUUGAAAAAGAAAAAGUUCCAUAAAAACAUAUGGUGAACAAAUCUUUAGACAUUAUUGCACUUGUUUUUUAUAGGGAAUCCGCUAGAUCCUUCUCUAUAAAACAGGUUAAUAGUUCUUACACUCUGAACAUCAUUAAGAAAUUAAAUUGUAUAACAGCU